AUGAUGAACAACAACAAGAGCACAGAUGAAUUUUAUUUCUCAAUUAAUAGUCCCAUAGGUUAUAGUAAAGCACCUAUUCAAUAUUAUCCUAGAGCAAGUCCCAUUCCAAAACAAUCUUCACCAAUAUCAAUUCAACAACAAGAGCAAUUACUGGAAUCACCAACCCCACAAUUAAUCACAUUAGAUAAAUUACCCAUUGAGUUAUUAAUUCAUAUCAUUUCUAAAUUAUCCCAAUUUGAAAUUAUCAAUUUAUGUCGAGUUAAUAAGAAAUUCCAUCAAUUGAGCUAUCCUAAAUUAUUUCAAAAUAUAGUUGUUGAUUCAAAAUUUAAUAUAUUUGAUAAAGAAUUUAAUACUAUUGGAAUUACUUAUAUUAAUAGUUCAUAUAAUUUGAAAAAAUUCAUGAGAUUAAUUAAUAAUCAUAAAGGAAGUGAUGUCUUUUCAUUUCUGUGUAUUUCAUUGCCCGAAGCAAUUGAUAUUUAUGAUAAUUGUCUAUUUAAUGAGUUAACUGAAUUGUUUAGUAAUUUUAACCAUUUAAAAAGACUAAUUUGGCUUUAUGAUAUUUCAGAUAUGAGUUUUUAUACAAUUUACCAAAUAAAGACGCAUUGA